UUUAAAAUAUAGUAAUUUAUUAUUCGCAAAGGAUACAAAUCGUAAAUAACGAGAACCAUGACCGUCUCCGAUACUAUUAAUAUUAUUUCCUUCUUUUCUUUUGUUUCAUGGCUAAACUCCACAGCUUUCCCGAGAAACAAACAUGGAGUACAUGGGAGGAGAUUUUACUUGCCUGCGUCGUUCAUCGUUACGGCAGCGACAGUUGGGACUCCGUUGCCAUGGAACUCCAGAAACGAACUUCCACGCUUACCCCUCUCCUGUCAACACAAGUUUGAAUACCUUAAACGCCGUUUCGCUGUAAACGGCGGCGCGACGAUAAAACUACUAAUAACGUCUUCAUCGCCGCCGUUCCUUGGCUUGAUGAGCUCCGGAAACUCCGCGUCGCUGAACUACGCCGCCAAGUCCAACAAUAUGAUCUCUCCAUCGUAUCCUUACAAUUGAAGGUGCAGAAACUGAAAGAAGAUAGAGAACAUAGCUUGAUAGAGAAUGGAAAAGAAACUGGAAAAUCGGAUAUGAAGAGAGAUAAGGAAAGCGAAAAAAUUGAACAAGAUAAUGAACCGAGAAUAAAAUCCGAAGACAGAUUCAUAGCAGGGAAGAGCCCGACCAGGAGAACCAUUCGGGUAAAUGAAUCUAAUUCUACAUAUCUGAAAGAGAAGAGUCCGGGAACCGGGUCGGUGGAAGCGGAAAUUAAACCGUUGGAUAUGAAACGGCGAAGGUGACGCAGAGCGUGAAGCCUGCGGGCGGAGAUUCCUGCAACGGCAGCUCCGGUAGUGUGGCGAAGGGAUCGGCUGAAAACUCAAGGUGAAUUGACCCGAGGGAAACCGGUGAAUCGCCGGAGUCAAUGGUCGAAUCUAAAGGGUAAGAAUCUAAUAGACAGAGCAUCGAUGUACAGAGCACGGCGAGCCUGUCCGGCAACGAAAAUAAAAUGCUGAACCGGAUAAUGAGGAGUUGGACCAAUUUACCACCAUCAAGGAGGUGUCUGCUGAAUCUCAGCCGUUGAUAGAGCUUCUCAAGAUCUUUCGGUGACAUAAAGUCGGCUCA